GAUGAUCAAAAUAAUAACACGAUUGCAUAUUGUAAAAUUUGCAUUCGGGAAUUAGAUAAAUUAGAUGAAUUAGAUGAAAUUCAGGCUAGUCCAUACCCAUAUAGCAAAUCAGGAAAAAGUACAGAGCAUUUGAUUACGCAUUUACGCACCAAAUAUCAUAUAAAUUCAAGAAAUUAUAAAAGAUACAUUGACGAUGAUAAUGAAUCUAUAAUAAUAACUAAUCAAGAACCAAAUUCGGAUCUAAACCUACCUUCUCUUUCAUCAGAAAAGCAACGGGAAUUAACAAAGCUUGUGGUAGAGUUUAUCGUAUAUAACGUUCAACCAUUACACAUAUUAAAAAAUCCAUCUUUCCAUAAGCUUCUACGUGGUUUCAAACCACAGUAUCAAGUACCAAGUGUUAAUAAAUUAAAAAAAUAUCUCUCUGAAGCUUAUUCAUUUGUAGAACAAAUAGUUGGUCUCUUAAAACCAUUUGAAGAAAUUACGAGAUAUAUUUGUGAAUCAAAUUAUCCUAUCCUAAAUCUCGUAUACCCUUAUAUUCAUAUUCUAAAAAAUAAGUUCGCUCUAAUAAGUGAAAAAGGAGAAUUAUUAGAAUCUUGGCUUGAUCUUAUUUAUGGCUUAGAAAAGUUAGAUACUACCGAUAAGUCAAGCCUCAGUAGUGAUAAUGAAGCUGACAUACUAUCAGCUAGAAAUUGGCAACAAUGGCAAUAUACAUAUAGAAAAUAUUUACCACCUGCAAAUUGUUCUAGGCUUUUAGAAAAAGCACGAGCUGCUAUUUUUCUAUCUCUUGAUGAAUUAUGGAGCACAUCUGAUGAAAUAGGCUUGAAGGUAACCAGUUCAAAUAGUGAAGAAAUGGAAAGAAAUAAAGUAACAACCAAUGAAGAUCUUCAAGAUUCGUUAAGUGCUAAGCUAUGGAGAUCAUGUUCGAUAUCUGACCAAGAUGUUACUGAAGAUGAAUUCACUCACUAUAUGAAAGAACCAAUU